GCAUGACUCAUGUGUACAAGUGUCCAACAUCAGUUACAUCUUCUUCCUCUUCAUUUCUCUAGAACAAGUUUAAUUAGGGAAAUGGAGAUACCGGUCAUUGAUCUCACACCGUACGUGGAUGUAGCUUCUGGCAAGUUCAGUUGCGACGAACGCCUGCAUCCUGAAUUAAAAACGGUGUGCUUGGAGGUGAGCCGGAUUCUGAAAGAAACCGGAGCUCUGCUUGUCAGAGAUCCGCGAUGCUCAAACGAAGAUAAUGAUCGGUUUAUCGAUAUGAUGGAGAAGUAUUUCGAGCAACCGAAAGAAGUUAAGCGCGUCCAAGAGCGUCCUCAUCAGCAUUAUCAGGUUGGUUCAAAACCAGGAGGAGUUGAAAUUCCCCGUAGCCUGGUUGAUCAUGAAAUGCAAAAGAAUUUAAGAGCACUGCCUAAAGAUCGACAGCCUAAGAUUCCAACUGGUCCAGAUCUGAAGUCUCAAUACAUGUGGAGGGUUGGCCCUCGACCAUCCAAAACUCGAUUCAAGGAAUUGAACUCUGAGCCAGUCAUACCAGAAGGCUUCCCCGAAUGGAAAAAGAUCAUGGAUUCAUGGGGUUUUAAAAUGAUAUCAACUGUAGAGGCUGUUGCUGAAUUGGCUGCGAUUGGAUUCGACUUACCAAAGGACACCUUCACUAAUCUUAUGAAGUUGGGUCCCCAUCUUCUUGGACCAACUGGAAGUGACCUCGGAAGUCAUGGCGAAGAAGGAACCGUGUUCGCAGGGUAUCAUUACGACAUCAACUUUCUAACGAUUCAUUACAAAAGCAAGUUCCCUGGCCUAAAUAUAUGGUUAAGAAAUGGGGAGAAAGUUGAAGUUAAAGUUCCUGAUGGCUGUCUACUUAUUCAGGCAGGAAAACAGUUAGAAUGGAUGACUGCGGGUGAAUGCAAAGCAGGUAUGCAUGAAGUUGUUGUAACCGAGAGCACACUCGCUGCAAUUGAAGCCGCGAAAAGAGAAAACCGAAGCCUCUGGAGGGUAUCCUCAUCUCUAUUUUCCAAUGUAGCAUCAGAUGUUGUGUUGAAGCCUUUGGAACACUUUGCAAAAUCACCUCUUGCGGCCAAUUAUCCUCCCAUGUAUGCUGGAGAUUAUUUCGAAAAGGAGCUUUCUAUGAUUAACCUCAAAGGAAAGAAUGGGUCUUAAUUAAGUGGUCGUUUCAGUCGAGAAGAUAUAUAUUAUAUGUAGUGUGUAAGAUAUAACGCGAAUAAAGAACAAGAUAUAUGACUGUUCCGUUGCAAGUUUGAUAUGAUCUUGCAAUGUUCUUUUGUAUAUGUGGUAAUAAGGAUUGUAAACAUAUGAGAUCUACUCUUGUAAAUUGCGUUUGGUAACUACUUAAGUCAAGAAUAUGUAGUCAUCUUUGUAA